GUCAUUCAUAUCCUGCAGAGUUGGGUUCUAAUCUAGUCACAGCCCUGGAAACCCGAUUGGGGUUCAAACGUUCACACUUAUUUCCCGCAGAACAAGCGUUAAACUGUGACAUGGGUACGUAGAUGUUCCCCCAUCUUUACGUACCACCCGCAGCGCCCAUCGCCACUCGACUCCCAUAAAUUGUGCUCUGAACUUAAAGUCGAGAACUGUCUACUCGCAGCCUACUCUCAACUCCUCCCCAUGGAGACGAUGGAAACGGAUAACGUCUCUCUUUGCAUCGAUCUCCAAGCCCAACUGUUUUCCGCGAGAGCAGAUAGAAUCGCCUCCCUUUGGGACGUUCUGAGGGAUAAUGCUGUAGAGCCCCUCCAGGCGUCUAUGCGAGAGCUCACGUCCUUCGUGGACGAAUGUCUCUUUUUCGCUUCCAUCCUAGAACGGCCAAAAGGACAGUGCGAUGGGGACGAGCUUCAAGGUUCAUGGUCGGACUCGGGAGUUCAAGAGUGCACCUCAUUGCAGCCUCCAAGCGACGAUCCGAUCGGUCUCGUCUACGUCAACGUAGGCAUAGUCAUUUGCCCGGAAAAGCGGCGGAAAGGAUACGCGCGCGAGGCGAUGGUGUUGGCGUUGGGGUGGGUAUUUGAUGAACUCAAGUUUCACCGUGCGCAGGCGGCUAUAAUGGAUAUGGCCGAUCAAGACCGCGCGUUGCUCUUUUUCACCUCCAUUGGCUUCUCGCACGAAGGGAUACGCCGGCGCUCGAUCUAUCAGUCGGGGAUGGACGGGGAGAAUGGGGUAUGGAAAGAUGUCACUUACCUGGCUAUGUUGGACACAGAGUGGGUGGUGAGGAAAUCGCUGCUAGCGAGGGGCGCUCCAUCCACGCUUUGGGAGGAGCUGCUCAACCGACAUUCAAGUGAGAGGGAAAAGUUGGCCUCAUGGGAAGAGCGUCAUGGCAGGCUCCAGAGGACUGCCAGUAUGGAGACGAUCCGCGAAGCACCAAGGUCGAAAACAGCUGAGAAGCAAAAGAUGACUGUGGAAGAGGCAGAACGACUGUUCCUGUACACGUCUUCUGACCAAAGUUCGACGUCUUCUUGCCAGUCGUCCAUCCAUGGCUCUGCACCUGCUUCGCCAGGCCCAGACAUCCGUAUCAGUUGGGCAGAAGAAAUCAAUGAAGAGGUCACGAGCAACAGUUUUAAUCACCGUCCAUUCCCUCCACCUCAUGGACCAUGGCUUUCUGAUACACGUCUUCGUGACUCGCUCGCAGAAAGUCAGCACUGGCUCCGUGCCACGUCGUCUCAGGUGGAGCUACUUCCAUCUAUUCCAUCUGCUUACCCGUCUAUAACGGGCUCGGAAUAUGCAAUCAGCAUACCAUCACCCUCAUCUCCGCCACCCGAUACACCGUCUGCCGGCUCCAGUUCCCCAGAUCAAGACACUGGUUCUGAGAUGUUGGAUCCCGGAGACGUCUUGUCACAAAUUAACCUCCUCCUACACGACUCCACUCCCAGGGCAAUUGUCAAUUUACCAUCUUUCUCCAACUCGACGCGAUCCGGUCGAAGCUCGACGGUGUCGAGUCAAGAUUCGUGGUGCGAUGCACGAAGUAACACCGAUAGUGAUUGGGACAUUGUAGGUUCGAACUCUUCAGAUGGUGCAAACUCAGCUUGCAGUGGGAGGUCACGAAAAAGGCGGGCCGAACGUCGGGAGGGACUCCGCCAAGUUUCAGGCGUUUAGUGGUAGAUACCACUUCGAACAACACCCUUUUCGAGUCUUCACUGUACCGAACGGUGGUUUUAGGAAAUUACUGUAUGUCGUGACCUCUCCAUGUAAGUCGCUAUGAGUUGUUAUAGGUCGUCUCUUGCCCAUUGAACUGAUCAAUGGGCUGACUCGGCAUUCUCUUCCGGAAUCACUCGCACUUCCAUCAUCGGGGCUGGACGGAAUCCAACUUCGACACUACAGUAUCCGUAGUACGCAACACAAUUUGAAAAGCACGAAGCCGCAUGGAGGGAGCGCACUGCCUAAUAUGUUUCAUCAGACGCAACUUGUUCAAUGAGUACACGUG